AAGGAGCAAAUGUGCUCUUUUGGAAAUAAUGCAAGUGGGACUUCGAUAUGCACAAGAAAAAAACACUGUCAAGAAAAUGAAUCUGAAGUUAUCCAGCUCAAUUUAUUUGGUUCUGAAAAUAUUACGAUGAAGGUAUCUAAUGCAACAAUGGCAGUGCCUAAUCAAAACAAGGUCCCGCUCUCUAAGAACAGUGAAUGUUGUGAAGAUGUUGAUGUAGUUGCAGGACAUGCUACUGAUAUUGAUCUAGAAAGAACUUGCAACAACUUACCAGUUCGGUCAAGCAACGAGCUAACAUUUGCUUCAAAAGAUGGUGGAGUCCUGAAUGGCACAUCAAAAAACCUUAUGCAAGAUAGAAUUUCUGAAAGUAGUUUACAUGAACCGUCUUGCGAUGGGCACGCUCACGAUAAUGAGAAUAGCAUGAAUAAGGUCUCAUAUAUCAUAAUGGAUCAGCACAAACACAAGCAAUUUAAAAGCUCAUGCGAUGUUGGUCCAAAUAUAGCUUUUGACAACAGUCACACAGAACAGCAUGUAGAUGUUGUGAAAAGCACCACACAAGAAAGUUGUUCCAAGGAUUCUUCCCUUGUUAUUUCUGGGAAUCAACAGAAAUUUGAUGUGGAAGAUAACUUAACUGGUCUUUACACCAGCACUCUGAAUGAGCAGAAAAGUCCUGCAAAGAACUUACUUUCUCUCUCUAAGAGUGAGCAAGUCUGGAGUGUUGAAAAUAAUUCAUCCAGGGAUUUGACAGGCAGAGUCCAAGAGGAGUCAGCAUUGGAUUACUUAAAUCCUAGGGAAAAAGAAUCAUUGAUGGGUUUCAGCACCUAUGCCCAAAAUGAAAAUGCUCUAUCUGGGUUUAUGUGGAGAACUGACGAACAAAAUGACCCACUUAGCAGUUUUGCUGAUACUUCAUCACAACUGGUGCAUUCAUCAAGCUAUUUUCCCACGUAUGAUGUAAUGUCAGAUAAGGGUGAAAGUGAACUUUUCGGAGAGAAGUUUAAUGGCACAACAGGUUUUGAUGGAGUGAGAUCAAGCGGCAUGGAAAAUAUGGAAUAUAAUUUUAUGACUUCUCAUUCAGUUGGAUCCAAGGUCUUUUCAUAUAAUGCAGAGAUCACUCAAGGGCUUGAUUCAUCUGUUUGGCUUGAGAAGGAAGCUUUGCCAUUGUUACCAAAGAUAGCAAGCAAGCGCCAUACUCCUGCUUUGUGUGUCUGGUGCAGAAAUGAGUUCCAUUAUGAGGCUCUUGAAUCUGAAGCACAAAUAGGCUCAAUGGGUUUUACAUGUGCAACCUGCAAGGCCAAGUUCUCUGGCCAAUUCAAUUUAAUGUAGUAUGGAUUGUCCUUCACAAUCUGUGCACCUUGAGGAAAAUUUUCUAAUAUGCCAAAAAACCAGGUUGAGGACAAGAUUCCAUACUAGACAAUUUAGUCCAGCACACGGUUAUGACCUAUUGAGGCAGCGUGCAAAAGGCUUAUGACUGCGCUUUAUUUGUCGACAGAGGUCAUUAUUCUUUUAUCAGUUUAGGGCAAUUAAUUCUUUCUUGGCUAUUCCUUUGAGCUUGUGAAGGUCCUAUUUUUACCAUAACAAGCGAGAAACAAACACUGCAAUUGGGUGACUAAUUAAUUAGGGCUGAAUUGGGCAUAGAUUUGGAUUAGAUGACCUUUGUAGGCUUUUGCAACUAAUUAGGAAAUUUGUUUUGUGCUAACACUUCUGAUCUGCCUCAUUAUAUUUGUGACUUGGGCAGUUAAUGUAUUCAUUAUUAUUCAUUGUUGGCACCUUGAAGACCUCUGUUAUUAUGACUAUUGUUACCAUCAUAUGCAUAGAGGUUCUGAUCUCUUGGCUUUUAACCUGUCAUCAUCUUCUUGAAGUAAUAGAAAGGUUUUGCCCUUUUGUGGAA